AUGUCAGGGCGCGAUAGGAUCAACCAAGCCUUUGCCAACAAUUCGCAAUUACGAAAGAGAAUCUUCGACGCCAUUGACGCAACGCCGCAGUAUGCGCCCCUUUUCGAGGACAUUGCGUCGUACCAUCUCAACGCGCACCUUCCGAACGGCUCUGCCCACGAUGAACCGGCCUCCAAGAAGCGCAAACUCCCCGACGGCUCGUCUCUUCCACUCGCCGCCGCCGCCCCCACGCAGAAAGGUGGUAGUCACCCGCGCGAGGUGAUCCUCGAAGCAAGAGAUAUCUCGUUCUCCCUCCCUCAACGCAAGAAAUUACACCUGGGCAUCGCGCAAUAUGGAGCCGAUUUCAAUGGUGCCGGGACCACAUUUUCCAUCUUCACCCGGAACCCCGCCACCAAUGAAGUCGAGAUGGAAGUGCCGUUGGACCAGGUCACCUACGCCCUGAGACUGCCCAUACCCGAAAAGGCGGCAAAACAAUACAAUUUCGUGCUGCUGUUGAAGCCAGAGUCCAGCAACAACACCGACGCCAUCACCUGGGCCGUCAACGAUGGCCCGCUCAAGUCGUGUCACGUCUCAAGCCGUGACCUGGCGGAAAUCGCGUCUGACCCCGGCGCCAUCCUGGAAAAGGCGCUCGACUAUCUCAUUCAAAGGAGUGGCAACAAAGAAGGUCUCACCCUCCCCGACGCCGAGGAGUUUUGCAGCGCAAAACCCGAACCACACCGGAAAGGCGACAAGGCAUAUCACGUCAAGGGCUUCCGAGGGAGCAAGGACGGAUACCUCUUCUUCUUGAACAAUGGCAUCUUCUUUGGGUUCAAGAAGCCGCUCUCCUUCUUUGCGUUCGAGGACGUCGAGAGCAUAUCAUACACGUCCGUGCUGCAGCGAACGUUCAACUUGAAUAUCGUGUAUCGAGCCAGCUCGGUGGCGGAUGGAGGAGCUCAUCACGGCGAUGCCGCCAUCCAGGAGGUGGAGUUUUCGAUGUUGGACCAGGCGGACUUUCCCGGCAUCGACGCCUACAUCAAGCGGCAUGGGUUGCAGGAUGCCAGUCUCGCAGAGUCACGGCGCGCAAAGAAGCUCAACGCCGCGACCCACGGCAAAGGUGCGAUCCAGAACGGCGAUGGCGGAGGCGACGUGGAAGGUGAGGAAGGAGACGACACGCGCACCGAGCUGGAGAAAGCCCAGCAACAGCUCGAGGACGAGGAGGACGAGGAAGAGGAAGACUACGACCCCGGCAAUGACGGGGAGAGUGAAGGCAGCGGGGCUUCGGACGAGUCCGAUGAGGAGUUUGAUCGCGAGUAUGAGCGCGAGAGGAAGAAGACCAAGGGCCGGGAUUUGGUCAAGGAAGAAUUGGGCAGCGAGGCGGAGGACGUGAGUGUUACCGAGGACGAGGACGACGGGGAAGCACACGGCGACGACGCAGAAGACCAUUAUGACGAGGAGGAGGAGGAAGAAGAAGCGGAAGAGUUGUCCAAUACAAUCCCGAGCCACCAUAAACACAUGGCCGUGUCAGGGGCUGCUGCCGCCGCCGCCGCUGCCGGUACAGGAGGAGUUAGACGUGGCGGCAGCAGCUGGGGGGCCAAUGGCGAUGAUAAUGAUGAUGACGAAGAGGCCAUGCCGGACCCUGACGAUGAAGAUCAAUUGUGA